GGAGUGAGUAUUUACUCCCUCAGCAGACUGCAGCAGGACCUGAGGAAACCAUGCGGGUGGAACUGGUGUGUGUGGUUCUGGCCACCCUGGCUGUCUCCUUCCCCUCACCGUCUGCCGGAGCACCACUACAGGUGUUGUCUGCUCCUAACGUGCUGCGUGUGGGCACCAAGGAGAAAGUGUUUGUGGAGAUCCAGGACCACUCAGGGGGUCCGUUUGUGGUCACGGUCAUUGUCAUGAACCAUCCCACCAAGACCAAACAACUGUUUGAAAAAGCUGUGCAACUAAACUCAGACAACAAAUUCCAGAGCUUAGUCGAAGUCUUUAUCCCAGAGGAGGACUACAUCAAUAUGGACGACAGACAGAAGCAGUAUGUCUACCUGCAGGCGCGUUUCCCCAGCGGGACACUGGAGAAGGUGGUGCUGGCCUCCUUCCAGGCAGGGUACAUCUUCAUUCAGACAGACAAACCCAUCUACAACCCCGGCACCAAAGUCUUAUACAGGGCGCUUGCUGUGACCCCUACAAUGGAACCUUUGACCAAAGAUCAGUUUGAACAGGAUAAAUACAUCUCUAUCGACAUUGAUGUUGUGACUCCAGAGAACAUCACCAUCCUCAGGGAGACAGUAACUCCAGACAAGGGGAUGAAAUCUGGAGACUUCAAGCUUCCAGAUAUUGUCAGUCCCGGUGUGUGGCAGUUGGUGAGCAGGUUCCAGGCCACCCCACAGAGGACCUUCACCACAGAGUUUGAGGUCAAAGAAUACGUUCUGCCCAGUUUCGAGGUGAAGGUGGAGCCCAGGAAGUACUUCUUCUACAUCGAUGAUGAAAGUUUGCAUGUUGACCUCACAGUGAGGUAUCUGCUUGGGAAGGAGGUGUAUGGUGUGGCCUAUGUGAUGUUUGGGGUGGUGAAAGGAGGAAAUAAACACAGUUUCCCUUCUUCCCUUCAGAGAGUAGAGAUCCAGAAGGGGAAAGGAGAGGCGGUGUUGAAUAGAGAUGACAUCACACGCACCUUCAAAGUGAAAGAGUUGGUCUCCCAAUCAAUAUACGUAUCAGUCAAGGUGUUGACUGAGAGCGGUGGAGAGAUGGUGGAGGCAGAGAAAGGUGGCAUCCAGAUUGUUGAGUCCCCCUAUACCAUCCACUUCAAACACACCCCCAAGUUCUUCAAACCAGGGAUGCCUUUCAAUGUGAAGGUUUACGUCACAAACCCUGAUCAGACACCGGCUAAGAGAGUCCAACUGGUGGUUUCACCUAACGGAGGUUCUACCUUCACGAGCGAUCAAGGCAUCGCCGUGGCAACAGUCAACACCGGAAUCAGCGAAUCAAUGAAGAUCAUUGUCAAGACCAACGACCCAGACAUUAAAUUACAGGACAGACAGGCUACUGCCACACUUGAUAUCUAUCCCUACAAGUCCAAAACCAGGAACCUGCUGCACCUAUUAGUCAGCACUAAGGAUGAAAACAUGCAGGUGGACAUGGCUUUUGGGGAAGGACCAUCUGACAUGGAUAUCACCAUAUUGAUCUUGAGCAGGGGUCAGCUGGUGGAAUCAAUCAGGAAGCAACGGAAAUGGAAACAGACAAUCCUGUCCUCCACAUUUGCAGUUACCAAGUACAUGCUGCCCUCAUUCCGUAUAGUGGCAUACUACCACGUGGGCACUACUGAGGUAGUGUCCGACUCUGUCUGUGUGGAAGUCCAGACCUCUUGUAUGGGCACGUUGAAAGUCGAGGCAAUCAGACCAGCAACAUCAUACCGGCCCCGUGACAUUUUUGAACUGAAGAUCACUGGAGACCCUGGGGCCAAAGUGGGACUAGUGGUUGUGGAUAAGGGUGUCACUGUCCUCAACAACAAACACAGACUCACCCAGAAAAAGAUAUGGGAUGUGGUGGAGAAGUAUGACACAGGUUGUACAGCAGGAAGUGGACAGAACAGUAUGGGAGUCUUCUACGAUGCUGGCCUGAUGUUUGAGACCAACACCGCCUCAGGAACAAACAUCAGAACCGAGCCAAACUGUCCAGUCAGGACCAGGAGGAGGCGGUCUGAUGGUGAUGACGAUGAUGCCUCUUACCUCGGUCCAGAUGAUAUCCUGUCUCGUACUCAUUUCCCAGAGAGCUGGCUGUGGACCGAAUACACCCUGCCCUCCUGUCCUUUAGGCCAAAAAUGUGAAACCACAUCAACCAAUCAGGUCACUGCCAUGCCAGACUCCAUCACUACCUGGCAGAUUACUGCCAUCAGCCUGUCUAAGGAGAACGCUAUCUGUGUGACUGAGCCCUUUGAGAUUCUGGUUCUGAAGGACUUCUUCAUUGACCUGAGGCUGCCCAACUCUGCCGUGUACAACGAACAGCUGGAGGUCAAAGCCGUCCUUCACAACUACAAAUUAGAUCCAAUCAAAGUGAGGGUUUAUCUCAUGGAGAACGCGAACAUCUGCAGCUCGGCCAACAAACGGAAAAAAUAUGUCAAAGAUGUGACUGUAGAGGCGGAGUCUACGCUGGUGGUGCCCUACGUCAUGAUCCCCAUGAAGCUGGGCGAGCAGAACAUCGAGGUCAAGGCCUCCGUCUUUGAGUCAGUCUUAGAGGACGGCGUAGUGAAGGUCCUGCGUGUGGUGCCUCCAGGGGAGUUGGUCAGAAAACUGGUUACAGUCGAAAUGGACCCCUCCAAGUCAGGAGGUGUGGAGAAGAAAGUUCUCAAGAGUGCCGUGCCUCAGAACCAGGUUCCAAACACACCUGCCAGCACAGAAAUCAAUGUUAUAGGAAGGGAUCAGACUGGCGUGCUGGUGGAGGAGUUUGACCUGGAAGUAAAUAUCCAAGUAUCUGGCAUGCGGAGGCCAGACAGGUGGUAUUUUAACAGGAGAAACCGAUUUGUCACCAGAACCACAAAGUUGAGACCUGUCCCGGAUAUUAAUCUGGACGUGACAGUGGAAGCCAGAGGAGUUGGCACCGCCACCAUAUCUGUGCUGACUCUGUACUAUGCCGUCUUGGACCAAAAGAAUUCUAGCUGUAAUGACUUUGACCUGGAAGUGGAAAUGGUGAAAGAGGGAAAAGCAUCUUACCCUGGGGCUGAAGCCACCUACUUGCUGAAAAUAAAGACAAAAUAUAAGAGCCAGGAAAGAGAUGCCACCAUGUCGGUUCUGGACAUUGGCCUGCUAACUGGCUUCAUAGUGGACAUUGGGGAUCUGACAAAGUUGAUGGAAGGGAAAGAUCGCUACAUUGAGAAAUUUGAGAUGGACAAGGCUCUGUCUGAAAGAGGCUCCCUCAUCAUCUAUCUGAAUCAGGUGUCUCACACAGAGUGGGGCCAUGUGACCUUCAGGAUCCACAGUGUUGAUAAGGUUGGGGUCCUACAACCUGCAGCAGUGACUGUGUAUGAGUAUUAUCAGAAAUCCCGUUGUAGGGUGUUUUACCAUCCACAGCGAACGGAUGGAGGCCUUCUGAGGCUGUGUUCCGGGGAGGACCAAAGCAUCUGUAAAUGUGCUGAAGGACAGGAAGGGAGAGAGGGCAGCAGACACCCCUUUAGAGUGCCCUCUGGAAGACGAGCCCUGGAUGCCAGCAGACAGUCAGAGAGAAGCACAGAUGACAAGGACCUAAAGCCUGAAGCGAGGCCUCUGACAGCGAGUGGACAGACCCAAGAAUAAAAAUACAAAUUCUCUAAUAAUCAAGACACAAAAAUAAUUGUAUUGAAUAACUAAUGAUACAUUAUUGAAUAAUAAUUUGAUUACCUAAAUAAAUAAUACAUAUUUCUUAA